AAAAUGGAAUCAAGAAACGGGAAAUGGCAUACAAUGGCCUCUCUCAUUGUAUCUCUUGUUGUAGUAGUAGUUUCUCUAAGCUUCAUUUUACCGACCACUGCAGAUAUGAAACCAUAUCAGACUCUUCAGUAUCCAAUUCACGACAAGUCUUCAUUCUCCCAACCGGAUCCACAAGAAUCCAUCCAUAGCAGUAUUAUUCCAUUACCACCUCCGACACCACCAUUAAUACCACCUCCUUUGCCACCCACGUCUCCAUUAAUACCACCUGUUUUGCCACCCUCGCCUCCUAAGAAAAAGGAACCCAAACCUCCUAAAAAGAAAAAACGCCAACCUCCAAAGGACAAGGAGCCCAGUCCUCCUAAGAGAAAGAAACCCAGACCUCCGAAGAAGAAGAAACGCAGACCUCCUAAAGGAAAGGGAUGCAAACCUCCUAAGAAGAAGAAACGCAGACCUCGUAAAGGAAAGGUACCCAAACCUCCUAAAAAUAAGGAACCCAAACCCCCUCAGAAGAAGGAACCCAGGCCCCCUAAGAGAAAAGAACCAAAACCUCCUAAGAAGAACGAACCCAAACCUCCAAAGAAAAAGGAACCCAAGCCUCCUAAGAAGAAGGAGCCCAAACCUCCUAUUGAGAAAGAACCUGAACCUCCUAAAUCACCUCCACCUCCUAAAUCAGGGCUUCCUAUUCCGAUACCUAAACUUCCUAUACCUAAACUUCCUAUACCUGAUCCAAUAUCUAAACCACCACCACCCAUUCAUGGAAAGUCACCAUCACCACCUCCGAAGUCUCCUCCACCACCUACACCUAAUAUUCAUGGCAAGUCUCCACCAUCACCUCCUAAGUCAGCUUCCUUCACCACCAACACCACCUCCUAGUUAGUCAUCUCACCACCACCGGCAAGUCAUGACAUGUGUAAACCAGGUUGUGAGAGUCCUCAACAACAUUGCAAUCUUCGCGUAAGGACUAAAAAGCCCUACGUGUAAACUUUCCCAACUCCAUCUUGAUAUUAAUAUGAACCCAACUCAUUUCCUA